AUGAAUUCAAAUUCAUUGGAGGAAAAAAUAAAUGAUGGAGAAGAAAAUAAUAUGUAUGACUUUGGCAAUUGUGUUGAUCAAAUAACUAAUGAUAAUCAAAAAUUUGUAAUUAAAGUUAAUAUAUCACAUUUUACUCCUGAUGAAAUAAGUGUUAAUAUAAUUGAUGAUUCAAUUGUCAUUGAAGGCUCUCACAAGGAAAAAAAUGACGAUUAUGGAACUAUUCAACGUCAUUUUAUUAGGAAAUAUUCUCUUCCUAAUAAUAUUGAUACAAUGUCAUUCACCACUACUUUUCAAAAUGGGAUUUUGAGUAUUAGUGGCAAAAAAAAAUUGUUAAAUAGUAUUGGAUAA